AUGGCAGAUCUGUCGAAGAUCCCCAUCGCCCCCAACCCGGAUGGCGGCCCAUCCAACUUCGUCAACCCCCCAUCGCUGGAGUCAACGGUCCUCUCGCUGGGCCUGGCUCUUAUAUGCAUAAGCAUGGCAUGCCUAACGUUACGGCUUCUCUCUAACUAUCAACGCACAGGCAAGCUAUGCUUGGAUGACUACCUAUGUAUCUUCGGAGAGAUGGCUGGCGUUGGAUUCUGGGGGAUAGUUUAUUCUGUUGCCCGCGAUGGGAACGCAAAACAUUCGUGGGACGCUCCAAUGAGCAUAAUAACCACAUCAUUCAUCAAGAGACACUUUGCGUCGCAAAUGCUUAGCUAUCCAGCCCUCUGUGCAACCAAAGCAGCGGUAUUAGCUCUGUAUAUCCGAAUAUUCGACAACACACGAUGGAUGCGCCGGACCUGCUAUGUACUGAUCGUCCUAGUGUUCCUUGCAUAUGGAGUCAACAUCGUUCUAGUGAUCGUGUACUGUCUUCCUAGAAAAGGAGCUCCCUGGGAUACUGCCGUACUCGACAGAUGUGGUGACCCUGGAAUUCUUGCCAUUUCCUUUGGUGCCUUUUCGGUUCUGUCCAACAUAAUCCUCUUGGCCUUGCCGUUCCCCGUUCUGCUAAAGCAACACCUAGCUCCCGCAAAAAUAAUAGGGUUAACGGGCGUGUUCCUGGUCGGAAUAUCGUUCGCGGAAAUAUUCGGCACUGUUUGCGUCAGCUGUGCACCAGCCUUGUAUGCGUUUUCCAUGACUUUCGUGCAAAAGAGCGAGCUGUAUCCAAGCCGUCGGCCACGGCCGCUGUCUUGUAGAACAGGGAUGAAAACCGACAGCUCGUCGGCGGAUGGAAACAAAUUCGACUCCAUGUCAAACUUGAAAAUGCACCACGACUGGUCAGACAAGUGCGCAAUGAGCCAUGGGGGAAGACCAGGGCCACUGACGAGGAUAUAUUCCACCGUCAACCCGUCGUCAAAUUACAUCCCGAUGAUGAAUGGCAUCGCCAAAUCAACACGCAUCGACCAGUCCUCGACAAUACUCGAUCCAAAUACAAACACACAUCGAGAGAGCUGGGCAGAAAAGGUGUAG